CACUAACGUUGCCAUAACGUUAUACGUAGUUUGAAGUGGUACUUGGCAAUAUGUACGACAUUGGAUUGGCUGAAAAGGUCAGAAAAGAAUCCAAUCCACCAAUCAGAGGCUUACUAGCGAUCUAGAAAGGCUGUGAAUCACGAAGAUCGCAUUUUCUCGACAGGUCGAAUAAUGGUGGCGCAUGUGGAGCAUGGUGAUGGGGUGGUGGUCGACGUGGCCGUGAUUGGAGGCGGUGUGGUCGGCACGGCAGUCUUCCGCGAGCUUGUCCUGCGGGGAUACAACGUGACUUUGUUGGAAAAGAACGCGAACGUCGUGCAUGGAGCGAGCUGCGGGAACUCUGGCAUUGCGUGCACGGGCUACGAUGCGCCGGAAGGGUCGCUCGAAGUGCGUACCAUAUACAUAUCCACGUUCAACGUGGAAUCAUUGACGCUGCGAUCACUCUAGAGACGAUGCAUUCGCCGUGCCAUGGAGCUCAAUCCGGCCGUGUACCGCGAACUAGGCCUCCCGUCUGCCGCGGUGGGGAGUUUGGUGAUUGCGUGGACAGCUCAAGACCUCGCCGCUCUGCCGCAUACCGUCGCAGCCAAUCACGCCAUCGGAGAUACUCAGGUGAAAACGCUGUCGGCGGCAGAACUGUACGCGCUGGAGCCACAUCUCGCCGCCGGCGCGCUCGGCGCAGUGUUCGUCCCAGGGGAGAUCGUCAUCGAGCCAUGGCUCAUCCCUAUCGCGUACCUCCACCACGGCCUUCGCAACGGCGGCACCCUUCGCGUCCACCACCACGUCGUUCGAGGAGCUUAUGCCAAUAACAUGUGGACAUUGCAUUGCGAGUCGGCGGACGAAGUGCGGGCGCGCUGGGUGGUCAACUGCGCCGGACUGUACGGAGACAUAGUCGAGCAAAUCCAUACCAAUACUAUGCCAUUUCACAUUCACCCCCGCAAGGGCCAGUACGUGGUGCUGGACGCCCCGUCGUCCGUCAUCACGCGCGUUUUGCAGCCGGUGCCCACCGACCGCACCAAGGGCGUGUUUGUGUUCCGCAACCUCCACGGCCUCGUCGUGGUCGGCCCGACGGCAGAAGACCAACACUCUCGAGAGGACAUGACCAACACUCCAGACGUCGUCGCCACGCUGCGCGCCGCCGCCAGCCAAAUCGUGCCGGCGCUGGCGGCGUGUCCUGUCGUCGGCACGUACGCAGGAUUGCGGCCAGCAACCGAGCACCGAGACUACCAUAUCGCAGCGGACGGAGCCCACCAGUGGGUUGUCGUCGGCGGCAUCCGGUCCACGGGGGUCACGGCGUCCUUGGGGAUAGCUGAAUAUGUGGGCCAGUUGAUCGGGGCCUGGUUCCGUCCUCGUCUGGCAGGACGCCACGUCAUCGUCCCGUACGUCGUUCCGACCUUUCAAGAGCUGGCGAUGCAAUUCGAUGGCACCUCAAAUAGUGUGACUAUCGAAGGCCUUGUGCACCAAGUGACACACCCGUUGACUCGAUGGGGGUUGCAAAAGCUGCUCAAACAGCAGCAAGACACGUCGCGGUUGUAGCAUCGAAUUGGGUAGUGUCGUACUAUAUUCGCGGAAUAUAUAUAUAUAUAUUCAACGACGCACAGUACUUGGUAGUUAAUAGUAGUAUAUUAUAAUGAAACGAAAAUUGGUAGAUUAUCUUAGCACUAUUAAUUAUUUGUUGUUAGGUUAAUCGUAUGGUC